UCCAUAUUUCGAGAGGAAACACAAGAUAUUAAAGAUCAGCUAGGCGAGAUGUAUCGUUUAAUAGAUGCUGGAUUUCACUCUGCUGGCGGUAAGUUAAAAAGAGGUUAUUUUUGCUUUCCUGGCUUUUUUGUGAAGGAAAUAUUAACUCAUGUAAUCUCAGAUAAGCAAUUCAGAUAUUUUCACAUAUAAUGAAGAAGCCUGCGUGAGUCAGUUGUGACUCGCAACAAAACAGUCCGCACUGCUCGGGGCGGAGUCUUCGUUCUGCUUACGGUGUACAAAUAAUGAAGCUAAAGUACUCAGAAACAAUACGCACAAUAUUAGUCAAACCUCAUUUACCGAAUUUAACAGCUUGUUCAUUGACAUGGAAGAAAACAGUGUUUUUUACGUGCGCGGUGUUUUUGCUACCUUUCUUUGUAACAAGCGGAGGUAUCACUAUAGCAGUCUUCUCUUUACCGGGGCAGGAUUAGCUCAGUCGGUAGAGCGCUUGACUGCAGAGCGAGAGGUCGUGGGUUUGAUUCCCGGGAGCGGACCAACACUCAGGGUCUUAAAAUAACUGAGAAAUGAAGGUACUGCCUUUGCCCUGCAAAUAGCUUGACCUUCGCGUGGCUCGGAUGACCAUGUAAAGUGGUGGUCCUGUCUCCAGUAGGAGACGUAAAAAUAGUGUCCUCAAUUAGUACUUUCGUGCUAAAUACAUUGACACUUAAAUAAAGUGCAUGUUUUUUUUUCUCUCUUCGCGUCUUUCUUUGUUUUCUGGCGUUCCUAAAAUUCAGGCUUGUUUUUGUCCUAAGCGAAUUUCCUAAUUGUAUUCUUGAUAUAAACUCACUCCUUCCGUGAUCUAAUCAUCUGACGGGAAGGCACACUUAACACUUAACAUCCUGAUCUUUUCAUUAGUUAUCUUACUUUAAAACUUCCCUUCUUCCACAACCACAUUUCAUUAAUCGCUUUUAUUCAGCAGUUCAUCUGACAAAUGUUUAUGGGGACAGCACAGCUGACAGCACGGGGCAUUUUGUUCAAUGGAUGCCUAUAAUACCACAGGCAUCCCAAGAAGUAGGCCUGGGUAUUAAAAUGACGGCAUUUAUUCCGCCACAUCCCACGAUGUAUGGAGGUAUUCCAUCAGCGCAAGAUUCCCUUAAUUCAAUUGCUCUCAGAUACUUUCAGUUUGUCGACCCUUCGAAGCCGGAGCAGAUGAAUGCUUACUUAGAGAAUCUGGAAAAGGUGCGGCAAGCGCUGUUUAAUCACAGGGAGUCGUCGGUAGCAUUGAAAAUCCUAAAGAAACUUUGGAAACAUUACCAUGCAGAUGAGUCAGAAGAAAUGGCAAGAGCAUUCAUUGAAGCGGAAAACAUUCUGAGAGAAUGUGGGCAAAUCGAGGAGUACAGUGCAUGUUCACGGCCUCGCACCAAUCAACAUGCAGGUUGGUGUAAGGGGAUUACGAGAGCGCGCGCGCACGUGUGUGUGCAGUAAUCGGGACGCUUACUUCUUAAGCCUAUUUUUUCCUAUGUCCGCUACGAUCUCUUAAAAGGUCCAACGAUAUUGCUGCGAUCGCUGCGAAAAAUCGAUCGUUGGGGUAAAAUUCAGUUCUACAAGCCAACAUACGGAAGUCUCCUUUCACAUAAUUUUCGCUUCCAAUAUUGAUUCCAAAGCCACAUUUUUUGAAAGAAAAGUGACAUAGAAGCUAAAAUCGAAUAUAUUAACAAUUUUGCUAAUCCGCAAAUUUGAAAUUAAAUAUAGUUUUUUACAUGAUGGUGAUUUUUUAUCGUAAGUGGUACAUUCCAAACUUAGCCUUGAGCUUAGUCCAGCUCAAUGACCGUAUUUAUUAUCAUCGAAUUUAAGUUCACCCGCUACUAUUUGUUAACAGUUAAGAAAGAAAUUGCAGAAUUUAUUUUAACUAUUUAAUUGUUUCUUUUUCUUAGCCACUGGUCCAGUAUCCUUGCAAAUCAACAACGUCAGUGAUCCACCUAAAAAGCAAGACUUGGUGAAUGAGGUUAGAGAGAAGUUUGCACACUUACGGAGACUACGCGAGGAUCUGCAGAACGCUGUUCUCCGAUUGAUCAUGACAAGAGAGGCCACUAUACAAAAGUUAAAGUCACUUGCAGUGCAUUUGAAAGACGUUGAGUCAGAAGUCCAUUCCAGGCAAUACAGAUUAGUGGCCACGCUCUCUGGGCUAGCCUCAAUCUCAGUAUAUUGUAUACCUAUCAUAGCCAGUAUAAUUGCAAUGAUAGGCAAAACCGAAUUUGAGGAAAUCCUGCGUAGUUUAGGGCUCAGUGAAGUGCAGGCGUCAAUUGAAGAGGAUCGCAAAGGUUGUUUGGAGCUUCAACAACAAUUUAAUUCCUUGGAAAACUUCAUAUCUACUCUGGCAGAGUUUCUUAUACCCCUGAAUGAUAACUUGGUUCUUCUUAAGGAAAUUGGUGAGAGUGGCUUUGAAUUCCUUUACAAGUGGAUAGCC